AUGGCGGCGAUGGAGGCCGCCGCCGACGCGAUGCUCGCCGCCGCCAGCCGCGCAUUCUGCAGCUCCGUCGCCGUGUACUUCCAGAUCCAGGGGUGUUGUAUCGCCUUACUACUUGCUCUUGGCUGGGCUCUUGCUUCAUUCGUCAGAAAAAGGGAGAUACGCAAGAUGAGGCGCAAAAUGGCGAAUGGACAUAGUUUUGCAUUUCUCUGUGAUGACGUAGAUGAGCUUGAGCACUCUGUCCAGGAGAGAUUACCUAGGGUCUCUGUUAUCAUGCCCUUGAAGGGAUUGGGGGAACACAAUUUGCAAAAUUGGAAAACUCAGAUUACUUCUCUUUAUGGUGGACCGUUGGAAUUCCUGUUUGUAGUAGAAAGCCAAGACGAUCCAGCUUAUCGUGCCGUCUCCCGUUUGAUCGUAGAGUACAAGGACAAACUGGAAGCAAAGGUGGUUGUAGCUGGGUUUUCAACAACGUGUAGCCAGAAAAUUCACAAUCAGUUAAUUGGUGUUGAAAAGAUGCACAAGGACACCAAAUAUGUUCUAUUUCUGGAUGAUGAUGUCAGACUGCAUCCUGGGACAGUUGGAGCUCUCACAAAAGAAAUGGAGAAGAGACCUGAGAUAUUUAUCCAAACUGGAUACCCCCUUGACUUACCUUCUGGCAGCUUGGGAAGCUAUUGCAUAUAUGAGUAUCACAUGCCUUGUUCAAUGGGAUUUGCAACUGGUGGGCAGACUUUCUUUUUGUGGGGUGGCUGUAUGAUGAUGCAUGCUGAUGAUUUCCGUCAAGACCUGUAUGGUUUAGUCACUGGGUUGAAAAAUGGUGGUUACUCAGAUGAUAUGACCCUGGCUGCAAUAGCUGGGCAACAUAAAAGACUGAUAUGGUCACCACCUGUUGCUGUAUUUCCCCACCCUCUUGCAAGUGAUCUGAGCUUCUCCAGAUAUUGGAAUUAUCUAAGGAAACAAACUUUUGUACUUGAAUCGUAUGUAUCAAAGGUUAACUGGAUAAUGAACCGUGCACUAUUUGGAGUACAUUGCUAUUUGUCAUGGGGAUUUGUUUGUCCAUAUGUCAUGGCUUUGGUACAUAUUGCGACUACUCUUAGAGCACCAUACAGCGGAAUUGUAAAGGAAGCAGCUGAGUCAUCUUGUGGUCUGAAACUAGUGAGCUUCUUGUUAGUAUGCACCCUCACUGAACUUGUUUCGAUGUGGAAUUUGACGAGAGUGGAAAUUCAACUCUGCAAUAUGUUAUCUCCAGAAGGGCAGCAGGACUCCCUUCGUUCAUAUAACUGGGGACUUGUGUUUGUUGCUGUGUUAGUAGACAAUUUCCUCUACCCUAUGUCUGCAUUCCGGUCUCAUUUCUCCCAAUCAAUUAAUUGGUCUGGUAUCAGGUACUAUCUGAAAGAUGGGAAAGUUCACAAGAUUGAAAGGGAGAACAGUUCCAAGUACACCGAUCUUGGAGGGAAGCAUCUAUAUGGCAAGAGGACAUGCCCUCCUGGGAAGUCGUGGUUAAGCUACCUGUCCAUAAGCUUAGCGCAAUGGCACCAGCCGAAGAAGUACGAUAUAUAAGAAAGCAAAACCAGAAAUUUUUGUGGGGCGUCAUGUUGUACACCUUUUUUCUUCUUCUUUUGUUCUAUUGAUUGUUUAUUGAUUGGUAGGGCUCUCAUUCUUAUUAGUGGAUUCAGUGUCCAGGCAUCAUCAAAGGUUUGCAGCUCACAGUUCCUGUAACAUCAUAGAUACAUGUGAGGGGUUGAUUGAAGAAGUGAAAUGUUCCAUAUUGGUUUA